AUUAAAAAACACGACGGCGAAAGUAUUCGCAAAAGCAACAUUCGGUGGAAGUUUGUGGAUUAAAAAUCCCGUCCUACCCGUCGCCGUUGCAGACGAGGAUUGAAGUUGCAGGUAAAGUUGUCCUCCUCACCUAAUCCCAAACGAGACACGAAAGAAUGUCUGCUGCUGCGUGUACCGCCGUGCUGAAACGCGAGUUCCCCUCCAUCGAUGGCGAGUUGCUGUCGUACGUGGAGACCGUUUUGCAGAGCAGUGCAGACGAGUUCGAGAAUGGCGAAGAGGUUUACGAAGCCGUCGGAGCCAUUCUGCACGAGGUUUCCCAAGACAAAUCGGAGGACGACGUACGGGAGAUCUGCAACAAGUUUCUACGCCUGCUCAAGCCCACCAACGGAUCCGCCGGUGAGGAUGGCGAUGGUGAUGGUGGGGGAGGCCAAAAGAAGAUCCUUGCCGCGCCGAUCAAUCUUGGCCAGAUGGCAGCGACGCAGGAAACGGCCGAUGACGACAUACAGAGCAUCUGGGUGAUCCAACGCGACGACAGUCUGAAGGUGGACAGCAGAAAGUUGGAGAAAGCGGAAGCAAAACGGGCGCAAAAGCUGGAAAAGCGACAGGAGGUAAAAGCAGCCGCAGCCGCCACAGCAGCCACCGCUCCAGUGCUGCAGUCCGCCACGGCCUCGCAGGUCAUCAGCAAAAAGGACAACAAGAUGGAAUCGAAAGGCACGAACCGGUCGAUGGAUGUGCGAAUCGAGAAUUUCGACGUGUCUUUCGGUGACAAAACGCUUCUACAGAAUGCCGAUCUACUGCUGGCGACCGGUCGGAGGUACGGGUUCGUCGGACGCAAUGGGCUGGGCAAGACAACGUUGCUGAAAAUGAUUUCCGGCAAGCAGUUGCAAAUUCCGAGCCACAUUUCGAUUCUGCACGUCGAGCAGGAGGUGGUCGGCGAUGAUACGCUCGCGAUCGAUAGUGUGCUCGAGGUCGACACGGUUCGGACGGGACUGCUCGAGCGCGAGCGUGAGCUGAAUCAACUGAUUGCGGCCGGCUCGACCGAUCCAAAUCUCAGCAACGAGCUGUCCGAAGUGUACAAUCAUCUGCAGGUGAUCGAGGCAGACAAAGCACCGGCCCGUGCAUCGAUCAUUCUGAACGGUCUCGGGUUUACCAAGGAGAUGCAGGCACGCGCCACCCGAACCUUCUCCGGUGGCUGGAGGAUGCGUCUCGCACUGGCCCGCGCCCUAUUCUCCAAACCCGACCUACUGCUGCUCGACGAACCGACGAACAUGUUGGACAUCAAGGCCAUCAUCUGGCUGGAAAACUACCUGCAGAACUGGCCCACGACGCUACUGGUCGUAUCGCACGACCGUAACUUCCUCGACACGGUCCCGACGGACAUUCUGUACCUGCACUCGCUGCGCAUCGAAACGUUCAAGGGCAACUACGAGCAGUUCGAUAAGACGCGCACCGAGCGGCACAAGGCGCAGCGUCGUGAAUACGAGGCACAACUGGCGCACCGGAACCACGUGCAGGAGUUCAUCGACCGAUUCCGGUACAACGCAAACCGUGCCGCGAGCGUACAGUCGAAGAUUAAAAUGCUGGAAAAACUACCGGAACUGAAACCAGUCGAAAAGGAAAUCGAAGUGACGCUCAAAUUCCCCGAGGUGGAACCACUCAAUCCUCCGGUGCUGACGUUGAACGAAGUGCAAUUCAAAUACGGCCCAGACAAGGUGAUAUUCACGAGUGUCAAUCUUAGCGCCAACCUGGACUCGAGGAUAUGUAUUGUUGGUGAAAACGGUGCCGGUAAGACGACACUGUUAAAGAUCGUUGUCAAUCUGCUGGAGCCGACCGGUGGGCUGGUGCAGCUACACCGUGGCCUUCGACUCGGUUACUUCUCGCAGCACCACGUCGACCAGCUGGACAUGAGCGUGAACUGCGUGGAGCUGCUGCAGAACGCGUACCCGGGCAAACCGAUCGAGGAGUACCGGCGGGUGCUCGGUAGCUUCGGGGUGUCGGGUGAUCUGGCGCUCCAGGUCGUUGCCAGCCUUUCCGGUGGGCAGAAAUCGCGUGUCGCUCUAGCGAAGAUGUGCAUGGGCCGACCGAAUUUCCUCGUGCUCGACGAACCGACGAACCAUCUCGACAUCGAAACAAUCGAAGCCCUCGGCAAGGCAAUCAACAAAUACAGCGGUGGUGUUAUUCUUGUUUCCCACGACGAGCGACUUAUACGUAUGAUCUGCAAGGAACUGUGGGUUUGCGGUGGUGGCACCGUAAAGAGCAUCGAGGGUGGCUUCGACGAGUACAGGAAGAUUGUCGAGCGUGAACUGGAAGCCAUUGCCGGCUAGAGAUGCUUCCCUGUAGCACCAAGAUACGAUAGCGAAAAAAUGGAAUCGCGACACGCUUUCCACUAACGAUCCUCGGUUCAAUACAGUUAAAAAAAAAGCUAUUCAAACCCCCAUCACCGAGUGAAUGGGAGUGAAAAUUUGCGUAGCAAAGGUUCACAUGCCUCAUUCUGGUGUAUGCCGUGAUGUUCGUGAAUCCAAAAAAAAAAAAAAAACUUUCCCUAAGGAUCGGAUUUCUCGGCCUACUUUUCCAAAAGUGUAAAAUGAAA